AUCCGUCACAUGUGUUUAAGGAAGUUCUUUUACAAACAUUCCUCAGCGCUGAAGUUUCAACAGGCAUAUAGAAAAGUUUUUUUCACGAAAAAGCUCAGCACAACAUAGACAGUUGAACAGCAUGACUCGAUGUAGUACUGAGCAAUGUGAAGACGUUUUAAAUUAAAGGGAAACUGCUCUUGGCUGAUGCUUGGGAUAGUUCUUGUUGCUGUUUUGUUUUGCACUGAGUGUAGUAAAAAUGAAGACGCUUUCGUUACUGUGUUUGAUGUUUUUCUUUCCCAGUACUUGUGACUCGAAGUUCACUUUCCCCCUAAAGAUUUACACUGGAAACUUCAAUUCGUCCGUGGAUAUAGAUUUCAGUUCUUUGGAGAAAAAUGAAUCUAGUUCGACAAAUGAGCUUUCAUUGGCAACAGACCCAAGUGGGAAAGUUAACUUUUUGCAAAUGGUCAACAACUUACAAGGAGACUCAGGUCGUGGCUAUUAUAUAGAGAUGUUACUGGGAACUCCGUCUCAAACGAUGAAUAUACUGGUAGACACAGGGAGCAGUAACUUUGCAGUGGCUGGUGCUCCUGACCCCUACAUUACCCACUUCUUCAAUUCGAAACUCUCCAGUUCAUAUCACUCCUCUGGAAUGGAAGUCUCUGUGAGAUACACACAAGGAAACUGGGUGGGCAAGCUUGGCACGGACAUCGUUGCCAUUCCGAAGGGACCCAAUGGCACCAUCACCAUCAACGUUGCCACUAUUCUGCAAUCAGAGAAUUUCUUCUUACCCAGAGUGAACUGGCAAGGGAUUCUGGGGCUGGCCUACAAAACGCUGGCUAGGCCGGACAGUUCAGUGGAGCCUUUCUUUGACUCUCUGGUGAGGCAGACUGGGAUCCCAGACAUGUUCUCCCUCCAGAUGUGUGGAGCAGGAUUGUCAGCUUCCAGCACUUCGGAUCCCCUGGGAGGUGGCCUGGUCAUGGGUGGGAUUGAACCAACUCUGUACAAGGGGUCUAUAUGGUACACCCCCAUUAAGGAGGAAUGGUAUUACCAGGUGGAGGUCCUUAAGCUAGAAGUUGGGGGCCAGAAUUUAAACCUUGACUGUCAAGAGUACAACACUGACAAAGCCAUUGUGGACAGUGGAACGACGCUGCUGCGCCUCCCACACAAUGUGUUUAACGCCGUCGUGGAUGCCAUCAUCGCAACAUCCUUGAUCCAGCAGUUUUCCAGUGGUUUCUGGACUGGCACCACAUUAGCCUGCUGGACGAAAGGAGAGACACAGUGGAGCAUCUUCCCGAAAAUCUCCAUCUAUCUGAGGGGAAUGAAUGCCAGCCAGUCCUUCCGCAUCACCAUCAUGCCACAGCUCUACAUUCAGCUCGUGGCAGAUGUUGAUAACUCACUCGAGUGUUACCGCUUCGGCAUCGCGUCCUCCACCAGUGGUUUAGUGAUCGGCGCCACAGUGAUGGAGGGCUUCUACGUGACCUUUGACCGGGCCCAGAAGAAGGUUGGCUUUGCCGUUAGCACCUGUGCAGAAAAAAGCGGCUCCCCUCUGUCGGAGAUCGGAGGUCCGUUCCUGGCCUCGGACGUUUCCAGCAACUGUGCAAAGACCCCAGCAAUACAGGAGCCAGUCCUGUGGAUCAUCUCCUAUGCGCUGAUGGGCCUGUGCGCAUUCAUUCUCAUCAUACUGGUCAUCCUGCUGCUCGUGCCUUGUCGUCAUGGCGACGAUGCAGGGGGAGGAGUCACUGACGAGUCCUCCCUCAUUCACCAUCGAUUCAAGUGAAAUGAAGACACUAAACAACGGCUGAGAAAUGAUCUGCUGCAAGUCCUGCCUGCAAACGGAGCUGGGGAAAAGAGAAAGGCUGAUAACCUGGGGCACACUGAUGGCAAUGACUAUAAGAUCUGCACUUUUAUUUGAUCUUAUUAAUAACCUGGAGAAAGAUGGCAUCUAAUUAUUCUGGUCAAGCCAUUCGAUAAAUAAAUGUAUAUAUAAAAUGAGAUGCCAGUAAUAGUUAUUGGAAUCAGUUUGUAAAUGGUUAAUGGGGAGAAUGGGGAGUUUUGAUGUUGACCAGUGUUAUGACUGUCUCACAAAGAGAACUUGAGUGUUUGUUUAAAGGCCAUUGCACACUGGACAUGUUCUGUAAUUUCUUGAAUGUUGAAUUUGCUUAAGUUGAUCACACCAAAUACAUUGGCCGACUUGCACAUCGAGGACAAAGCUGUGACUGCUUUAAAACCUGCCAUUGCGUGAAGGCCUGGGGUCCCCCAGCAGUAAAUGCAGUUUUAUUGGUUGCUGUCAUUUUAGUGCACUGACGAGAGCUGACUAGAAAUGAUUUUGAAUCAAGGCGUCAAUUCCAGACGAUGUGCAAGGUACAAGAAGAAAUGCACACGUUUGCAAUCCAUUUGAUAUGUUCAGUUCUGAUAAAGAACCACAUCCAGUGAGCAGUGGCCUUAAGAUUGAAGAACAUAACAUUCAAAAUGUGUUUUUUUGUUUUUGUUUUUUUCAUGAAAGAUUUUGUUUGAAAGUUUCUCAUCUUGAUGUUUUUCGAGAAAGAAUAAACAUUUGCAACUUUAAAGAAAUUGCCAAAGAUCAA